AUGACUUCAUUUUGUCAGCCUGAGGUUGACAGAGAGGUGAUCAUUGCUGCAGUACUUUCUGUCCUUUCUUUAGAAGCCAGUGAGGCCAAGGCUUUUCGUGGAAAAAAAGUCCAUGGAGAAUAUGACAUUAAGGUUGAACAGGCAGAAUUCUCAGAAAUCAACUUGAUAGCCCAUGCUGAUGGCAAUUAUGCAGUAGAUAUUCAAGUAUUUCGAAAUGGCACUAAAGUUGUCAGGUCAUUCAGACCUGAUUUUGUCCUCGUUCGGCAACAUUCAUUCAGUAUGGCAGAAAAUGAAGAUUUCCGAAACUUGAUCAUUGGACUGCAGUACGCGGGCAUCCCUAGUGUCAACUCCUUGGAAUCAAUCUAUAACUUCUGUGACAAACCGUGGGUGUUUGCCCAGCUGGUGUCUGUCUACAAAACUCUGGGUCCGGAAAAGUUCCCGUUAAUUGAGCAAACGUUCUAUCCAAACCACAAGGAAAUGCUAACAAUGCCGACUUUUCCUGUUGUUGUGAAGAUUGGACAUGCUCAUUCAGGCAUGGGAAAGAUCAAGGUAGACAACCACUACGAUUUUCAGGACAUAGCCAGCGUGGUAGCACUUACUCAGACCUACGCCACUACUGAACCGUUCAUAGACUCCAAAUAUGACAUCAGGAUCCAAAAGAUAGGCAGUAACUACAAAGCAUACAUGAGGACUUCCAUAUCUGGAAACUGGAAGACAAACACAGGCUCUGCAAUGUUGGAACAAAUUGCUAUGUCAGAUAAGUACAAGCUUUGGGUUGACACCUGUUCUGAAAUAUUUGGUGGUUUGGACAUCUGUGCUGUUAAAGCUGUACAUGGAAAGGAUGGAAAAGAUUAUAUUUUUGAGGUAAUGGACUGUGCAAUGCCUCUGAUCGGUGAGCAUCAGAUCGAAGACAGGCAGCAUAUAACUGAAUUAGUUGUAAGCAAAAUGAACCAAAUGUUGUCCAAAACUCCUAUACCAUCUCCUCAGAGACCCACUGCCACUCAGCAGCCUCAGAGUGGAUCACUAAAGGAGCCAGAGCCAAACAAAAUCCCACCUCAGCGACCACCACCUCAAGGGGGCCCAGUGCAACCCCAAGGAAUGCAAUCACAAAGCCAGGAGCCAUUGCAGCCACAGCGCAUGUACCCCCCUGGGCAGUCAGCAAAGCCCUCCACUUCCCAGCCACAGCGUCCACCCGGACCUACGACCCAGCAGCCACGUGCCCAGGCUCAAGGUCCUUCCAGCACCCGAUUACAAAAGGAGGCAGAGGCACAGCCUGCACCACAACCACAGCCUGCUCCACAGCCACAGCCUGCGCCUCAGCCCGCCCCGCAGCCCGCGUCGCAGCAGAAGCCUCAGUCUCACCCACAGCUUAACAAGUCGCAGUCCUUGACGAAUGCCUUCAGUUUCACAGAAUCAUCCUUCUUCCGAUCAUCUGUGAAUGAAGAUGAAGCAAAAGCUGAAACAAUUCGAAAUUUGAGGAAAUCCUUUGCUAGUCUUUUUUCUGAUUAGCCAGCUUCAUCUAAAUGCACAUAGCAUAUAGUCUAAAAACUACGUGAAUGUUACAUAGGUUUUGUUUUCCCUGUGACUGUACCUUUCUCUCCUGUGCUAACUGUUGUAUUAAGCAAUAUGUUAAACUUACAAAAAGAAAGAAAAAA